AUGGCCUCACACAGCGAGUUUGGAGCAAAAACUGAUGCGGGUGAGGUAUUGGCAGCCUUCCCAGCGGGAGUGAAAGGCAAAGUCGUCCUCAUUACUGGCGUCAGCCCCAACGGUCUCGGUGCGGCACUCGCACACUCGUUGGCCACCGAGAAACCCAAGCUUCUGAUCCUAACCGGCCGUACGGCCUCUAAAGUCGAGGCCGUCGCAAAGGACAUCUCAGUCCCGGGAGUUGAAGUUCGGGUUGUCCUGUUCGACAUAUCUUCGUUUGGAUCGAUUGCCAAAGCCGUCGAGGAGAUCAAUGGCUUCGCUGAGCCCAGCAUCGACAUCAUCUUCAACAAUGCAGGUGUGAUGAACGUCCCCGAGCGAAGGCUGAGCGCCGAUGGAUUCGAACUACAUCUCGCAACCAACUACCUCGGGCUCGCACUCCUUACGAACAGCCUCCUGCCCAAGAUCAAGAAGAGCAAUGCUGGGCGAAUUGUGAACGUCGUGAGCAACGGAUAUGCCCUCUCGCCUUUCCGGUUCUCCGACUACAACUUCGACGAUGUGAAGGAUCUCCCGGAGGACGAACAGCCCUCGAAGGAAGCCUGUGCGGCGUUCGGAAUUCCAUUCGGCUUGGGCUACAUACCUCCUGUCGCAUACGGCCAGUCCAAGACGGCUGCCAUGCUUUACACUCUCGAAUUGGCAGAUAGACUCAAGGGAAGCAAUGCAACUGCCAUAUCCGUUAUGCCUGGAGUGAUCGAGACGGAUCUCUGGCGCGAGAUGCCAACAGAGGCGGUGAAAGGCAUCUUGAGUAUGCUCCCGGUGAAGACUGCGACUCAGGGUAUAGCUACGAUGCUUGUCGCUGCCCUUGACGCGAAGCUGAAAGAGAGCGGGGGAGCCUAUCUUGAGGAUUGCCAAGUCACUGAUGUCCAGCCAUUUGCCAAAGACAAGAACAAGGCAGAGAAACUGUGGCAAUUGACAGAGGAGCUAACAGGAAAGAAAUUCACUGUAUGA